CCGCAGUUGUGCGCUGACAGCGAAAGCAGCUGAUUGAGAUUGUUUUAUAAAACGAGCUUAUAAUUGCCGGGUGCAAAAUUGAGUUUUAAUAAAAAUGCAAAAGAAGCGAGUUCGCGUGAAUAAUAUAUUGGAUAAAUUGCAUCGCGGUGUAGUAUAUACCUGUAUCGGUGUCACACUAUAUGGAACAUUCCUACUAGGGAUGCGAGUGCAUCGAUACCUGACGGUUGUACGGCCCCAGCGGCAGGCGGAGCAGCUAAAAAUGAUUGAGGAGGAAGGAGUUGAUAAAGCUAAAACCAUAACAACAUAGAAUUAUUUUUAAAUAAGUUCAUAAAAUGCUAAUAGUUGUAUUUGUUAAAUAAAUGUUGUAAAAAAUCA